GUUUUUUAAAAACACUGCUGCUCAACCACAGAAAGUACACUCUUAAAUACAGGAAGUGUUGAUAACCAACCGCCCCUCUUCCUUUCUCUGCUGGAUGAAGACUCGUGUCAGUCCCUUCGGCCUCUGACGGGUCGCAGCUUCAGUUCAGCCGUUCACUAAAAUGAUGGGAAGCUGCGAGGGCCUGUCCUCCUCUUUGCACAGAUCCAGAUACGUCAGCUGGUGUGUGGACUCUGCAGAGUCACCAACACCUGAAGCUACACCUCUGACAGCAGCAGAGGAAUCGUCACGCCGAAACCAUCAGCCAGCUGGUUCAGGACUGGUCCCGCUUCUCCUUGUGUCCCCACCAGAAACCAGAGUAGGAGAAGCAAACAAAACCCUUCCCCAUCGACGCUCACAGCCAACGCUCACAAAGAGGACACAUCCACGCUCCCGUCGGUCCCGGUCCAAGCCUCGCUGCAGCUCUGCUCUGCACGACAACGUUAACAAAGCCUCCAAAAGUCAUGCUGAGGAUGAUGGCGAUGAUGGGAGGGAACGGAGAAACAAAGAGGACUCGUCUCUUCUCCAUCCAGGGAGCAGAAACUUCCUGCUUCCCAGAAGCAGUCCGGUCAUCUCCAGACGCCACAGGCCCGUUUCCUGGCACGACCUGCGCACCGACACCACUGACCCAUCAAGCUCCGACUCCCCGUCCCCUGCUUCUGGUUCGCUGUCUCUGGAUCAGUGUGGACGCCUGGCAGACACCAGCGUGGAGGAUGUGGGACCCAGAGUGAACUCCUGUCACCAGCCGUCCCCUCGGGAGGACAAGAAGCCGCGCUGUGUCUCCGCCUCAACACAUCCCAACCAUCUCCAGCUUCCCUUCGGUGGACAGCCGGGGCAAGGCUCUGAUGCCCCCUACUCAUCAGGCCUCUCUACCUCAACACAACCCAGCAAAGAAAGAGGGAGCAGUGGUAUCUCCGAAUUCGCUGCAGACAUCUUUAAGAGCAGUUGUGAGCUGGAAAAGGAGAAUGCUCAUUUCGUCGUGGUGGACAUGGUGCUGGAGGUGCUGGAAGCUGUGAAGUGGAAUCUGAGUUAUGAGGGGUGGACACACUGCGACAUGUGCACAGACAGACACAGGAGCGCGGCGGAGGACGAACAGAGACACGUGCAGAUCUGCAGUUUAGGCGAUCCUACACAAGACAACACCAAGACAUCACAGACAAACACACACUCCUGUGCGCACACACACCGACGCACGCAGGAUGAAGAGGAAGCUGAACAUCUGCCAAAGACUUUCUCUGUCCUCUCCAAUGACAGCGGGUUUGAAGACUAUGUAGUCAACACGACACUGACACCGACACAUUUUCUCACAAAUGCAGAGUGGCUGGCUCAGCAGCUGGUGCUGGACUUCAGGAGGAGCUGGCUUCCCUCUCAUGAGCCUCGGCGUGGAAGGAAUAGCCUCCGUAGCUACCUGCAGGAGCUGCCAGGAACUGGAGGUGUGGUGGUGAGCAGAGGAAGCCUGGCAGAGGAGAUUAGACUGAGGACCAGGAUGAGAGGAUCUCUGAGCUGGGCCCCGCCACGCUUCCAGAUCAUCUUCACUGCUCAGCCGACACACAGACGCAGUGAGGUUGUGGCUCUGCAGCACUUCCUGUGUGCAGGCUGUGGGACAGCGGUGGAGCCCAAGUACAUCAAGAAACUGCGGUAUUGUGAAUAUCUCGGCAGGUAUUUCUGCGACUGCUGCCAUGGUGGCUCUGAGGCUGUGAUUCCAGGUCGACUUCUGUCCUGCUGGGACUUUGGCAGAUACCCUGUGAGUGAUUUCUCCAAACAGCUGCUGGAGUCCGUGUGGAAGCAGCCGCUGUUUGACCUGACCUGCGUCGGUAAGACUCUCUACAGCCGAGUGAAGGAGCUUGAAAAGUUCAGGGAGCUGCAGGAUCAGCUGAUCGGCAUCAAGAAGCUGCUGACAGCCUGCAGAUUAUCUGGAAGGGUGAUGGCGGAGUUUGAACAGCUUCCUGCUCACCUGAUGGAGCAGCCACACCUCUUUUCCAUGGAGGACCUGUUGAGGGUGAAGAAGGGUCAGCUUAUGGCUCAGGCCAGAGCGCUGCUACACUCUGCUAUCAACCAUGUUGAAAACUGUGAGUUGUGUCUGGCCAGAGGUUUUAUCUGUGAGUUCUGCAGAGAAAGAGACAUCAUCUUUCCUUUUCAGAGUGACACAUGUAAGCGCUGUCCAGUGUGCAGGGCCUGCUUUCACAAACGCUGCUUUGUGGAAAAGAAGUGUCCCAAAUGUGCACGGAUCCAGUCACGGAAAAAAUGUCAAGAAGGAUUUGUGAAGUGACAUCUGAACGGCUGCAGCUAUGAUUCAUCUGCAUUACUUUUAUCACUAUUUCACAUAAAGCACUGAUGCAUUUCUGUACCCAUCCCCUUUUUAAAAUCAGGGAAUACAAACGUGUUCAAAUAUUUUUAUUCUUGUUUCCUGUGGAAAUUAAAAAGUGAAUUUUUCUUCAA